AUGUCCAACUCGGAACAAAACAACUCUUGGGCUGAUAUUGCUGCUCAUCACAAAGACAAAGGAGGAAACAAGCAACGGGCUACUGAUCCAUCAUCAUCAGCUGCUUCCACUACGACGAACCCUGAGCAACGUGUUCCAUCCAUCGAUGACGCGCCUGGUGGUAGUAGUAAUAACUUUCCUCUUCCUCAAGAAACCGUAAAGGAUAAAUCACCUUCUUCCUCGGGUGUCAGUGAUCUCUUGAACCAAUCUGGCGAGUUGAUAGAUGAGGAAGAAGCAAACAAUACCCUGUCUCCCGAAAGAUCUUAUGCUUUUGUCAGUGAUUUUCCAUCACCCCAGGAAGCUGCUCGUCGUGAAAAAGCAAAGAGUCCAACACCCUCCCAUACUUCAUCCACAGGCGUAGGUGAUUUACUUAACAACAACAACAACAAUGAGCAUAAAGCAAACAAAGAGGACACCACAAUCCCACCUCAUCCUGCUCGCUCUUUUGCCAAUGUUGCUGGUAACAAGGAUUUUCCCAAUAUGCCGGCUCCAGAGGAAAACACCUUGUCGUCUUCCACUGAUAGUUUAUCCGAUCUUCCUGAUGUAAAGGAAAUGCUAUCAUCGCCAUCAGUCAAAGUGCCACCACCACCAGCAUCACAAAGCUUUGCAAAGAUGGCUGCUAAACCAGCACCUGUUGAAGAAAAGCCUAGUGAGCGUCUUGAAGCUAUUGAGCAACAGAAUCGACAACAACGACAACAACAAAAAGAUGCUUUACCACAGCAUACGCAUGACGACUUUCCUACCUUGCAACAAGCCAACCAGAUGGCUGAGAACAAUGUGGAUCAUAAUCAGCCCAAGGAGCGUGCUAUGUUUACAGAGAUUUCGAAGCUCUCCGAAGCUGUGGAUGCAGCUGCUGCCGAUAGGCCUCAAGAAGAAGAUACAGCAACGGCUCCAAAUGAUGUCAAGGCCUCCUUUGCCAGUGUCACUGGUAGCAACCUUGACGUGGCACCCCCUUCUGCAUCACCUCAACCUGUACCACAACAUCCUGUGUUUGAUGAAGAAACUGUCAUGCUUGAAAAUACGCGACGUGAGAUUCGUCGAUGGCGUCAAAAGGAACCUGGUGAAGAAAUCACACCUGAAAUGAAACCAAUGGAAGAACAACGUGAAGAAAGGGUCAAGGAACGUGAAGCAGAAACGGUGGGACCUGCUGAACUCGAACAACGUGUACAAUCCUUUGACAGGUCGAAACGAGGCAAGAUUACGAUUUGGGAUACGUUCAGAGCAUUGCGUGGUUUGGGAUAUUCGUGCUUGACAGCCCUCCCUGCUACAUUCCUACUUCAUUUACGUCUAUCACCACUCACAUCGCCUUAUCGGUUCCCAUUCUUUUAUCGAUCCAUUAGCGAUCUUCUCACGCUUCCCAUUUAUGUGAAUCGUGUUCCUGCAGCAUUGACUAUCGGUAGUCCUCUUCUUGGUGGUCAACGUUCACAUGAACUCGUUCGCAAGUAUGGUAGUGAAACUACAACACAAGGCAAAUCCAUGCGUGGUCUUGGUUUCUGGGCUGGUAUGCGUGGUAUUGGUGCAUGUGAAAAUUUACGAUGGUGGCAAUUUGCUCCUCGGAUCAUUCAUCGUCUUCAAUGGUUCAUGAUUUACACAAUGUUGCAGGAUCCACAAUCUCAUUUGGUGAGUGAAGGCGUCCUUGCAAGUCUUCCCUCCUCUUCCACCUCCUCGGCUUAA